GUUUCCACGUGAUCGCUUCAAACGUUGGGUGCCGCCACCACCAAACCCCCCACCAAUGACUUCUGAGGAGAAGGAAGUAGCUACGGCAAGACGCCUUGAUGACCCUCCUAAGUGCUUUUGUGGUGACAAAGCUAUGGUAGAGCAGACGCGAGGUCUUGAGUUUGUGUGUCCCAACAAGCAUCCAGAUUAUUCUAUGGAAAAGUGUCGUUUUAGAGAGUGGCUAUAUGGUCCGAAGUCUCAUUGGCCGGAGGAAAAGAAGAAAAAGAAUGACAGGAUUAUUACCGCAGCGCCUCCGGUUAAAUGCAAGUGUGGUGUUGAGGCUAGCUACGGCUUAGUUCCUUCCGAACUAGGAGUCGGAUAUUUUUGUGGUCAUAUGGUAGACUACGAUGUGAGCACUAGGAAAUGUGACUGGGAGUAUUGGCAUGGGAAAAGAGACUUCUACCAAACCUGCGAGCAAAAGAAAGCACUAGGCAUUAAGCUUCGAUGCGGGAACCAACUGUUGGACAACUAUGUGAAGUACUACAAAGAAGACGCACGUCGUGAAGCAAGAGAGGGCCGCUAG